AUGUCAAUCCCAGAAAUCAAAACAAAGACCAUAUUUUGUAGGACAACCAUCUCCAAAGGUGCAAGACUCGGCGUUUCCUCCAUUCAAGUGGAACAUCGUUACAAAGGUGUUUAUGAAAGAGCUGGGUUUGAUGUUAAUACUGAAUCUGAGAGAAAGCUGUCUCCUACUGAUACUAAAUCAUUUCAUUCAACUAGAUCUAAUCCAAAGAAAUCUUCCAAUGGUAUUCAAUCGCCAACCGAUUCAAAAUCUGUUUCUCCUACUUCUAUAAAACAGCAAUCAUUUAAAUCGAAUUCAGCAGAGCAAUUGAACUCUAAAGUGAAUCAUAAUCAUGCUAAUAAUCAAAUUAAGCCAUUUGCGUCAGCAUCAUCAAAUCCAUAUAAUGCUCCAACAUCAGCUAAAUCUGCCACAUUUGGAAACAUCAAAUCAAUGCCAUAUCCAAUGUCUCCGCCAUUAACAUCGACUCGAUCAUUUUCAGAGUCUCAAUUACCAAUGUCAAAUACUUCAGCCCCAUAUCAAAGAUCAUUUAGUGAGUCUAAAGCUGUCUCGCCUACCAAGAACCAACAAUUGCCAAAUCCAACUCCUAUUGAACCAUUCAAACCAUCUAUAUCUCAUCAAAAGAACUACAAGAAUCUUAGACUUAACCUUGAUGAUGGUCCUCAAACCGAGAAUUAUGAGCAUGAAGGAACACAGAAGAUUUAUGAUUCCGAUAGUGAAAAUGAAAUGAUUAACACUAUCUCGCCAAAAGAAAACUCUUUUGAUGAAACUAGAAACACUUCAAUUGAUAAAUCAGACCCAAUCAAGCAAAAUAUUCCACAAAUUCAAUCAAGAAUUCCUCAUAAUAAUAAUAAUAAUAACGAGAGCUAUAAUGGUAAUAAUAGUGGCGUGAAUCCUAAUUACAAUCCUUAUCAGCAACCACAACAUCAUAUUGCCCAAACACAAAUUCCUCAACAGCAACCAUAUCAGAUGGGUCCAGCGCAAAUUCCACAACAGCAACAACAACAUCAACAUUAUGGAUUUCCUCGUAUAAAUACAAAUCAACAUAUUCCACAACAGCAACCAAAACAAUGGAAUCAACCUUCUCAAGGAAGUAAUAAUUAUCAAGAACGUGAGCGUCAACCAGAAAUUCCUCAAUUCAAAAUUGAUGCUCCAGAAGCAAACUUCAGUAUGCCAGAAAGCAAUUCUACUUACAGAUUAUCGAACGCAUUGGAUGAAUUUAAGAGAGAUAUUCAAGCUCAUAAAAAUUAUGUACCAAGAUCUCCCUCGAUCCCUAACACUCCACCUGAACUACCAGCUUCAUCUCCUACAGAAUUAGGUUUAACUCGUUUUGAGAAAUUGGUUAGCAAUCCAAAAUAUGGUACUGAUAAUGAAACACAACAACUUCCAUAUCCAGUGAAUGAGUUAUCAAUUGCUCCCAGUCCCAGAGAAGCUAGAUUAAGUCAGUUAUCUAUGGUGAGUUCUAUAAUAUCAAAGGAAUCAAACUAUAGUGAUGACGAUGAUGCUGUUGAAAAGGAGCUAAAGAGACAAUUGGAUAUGUUGAAGCAGAAUGGAGGAAGUGAUUUGUUUGAAAAAGAAGAAAGCUCAAUCACAGAAUCAUUUGAUCAUAAUGAGGUAGAUCAAGAAGCUAACAUUCCACAAAUUCAAAUCAACAACAUGGAUGAUAUUCCUGAAACAGAUGAAGCCGAAGAAGAGGAAGUUGAUGAAGAAGGAACUAGAAAUCAAGAGGCUGUUAAUACCCAAAUUAAUGAAGCUAAGAGAGGUAGCGAUUCUUCUAGUAAUUCAGUCGAUUUAGAUGAUAUGUCCUCUACUGCUUCAUACGACUCCGUGAAACCAUUAUCAGUUCGUCAUUCAGCUAAUGUUUCAUUCAAUACCAUUGAACUUCCACCAUCACCAGCUAAAUUCAGAAAAGAAGUUAAAUUCACUGAUGUGGAUAGUUUUGUUUCGCCAGUAAGAGGAAAUUUCCAAAAUAUCAGUGAACUGCCUCUUGAAGCAUCAUUUCCUCAAAGUCCAACUCCUGUUAAGUCUGUUCCUACAGUGAAAAUUGAAGAAGACGUCAAACCUUUAAGUCCUAAGAACCACGAAAUUGAAAAGGAAUUGAAGGGUCUUAAUUUUGAAAUUCAACAAGCUACCGAGUCUCCUUCUCAAUUUAUGAUAAACGAUAAUUCGGAAUUAGUCAGUAAAGAUGCUAUAAAAUCACCUAUUAAUGAUGCAAAUGUUAAUGAAGAAUUAGAACAAGAGUCAAGAGAAGAAGGUCGUCAUGUUGUGGUCGCUCCAGGAACUGGUCCUUGUAGAUCAUGUCGUAACCCAAUACUAUCGAACGCAAAAGGUUCACAAAAAGCAAUUUAUUCAAAGACAGGCGAAUUAUCUGGACAAUGGCAUAGAAGCUGUUUUCAAUGUGCUUAUGAUGAUUGUGGAAUCGUGUUUUCUAAAAAUGUUCAAUGUUAUGCCUUACACAAUCAACCAUAUUGUUUCAGCCAUUAUCAUCAAUUGAAUAAUACAACUUGUGAAGGAUGUGGAAUUGGUAUUGAAGGUGAUUGUAUUGAGAAUGAAUUAGAACAAAAAUGGCAUUUAAAUUGUUUAACAUGUCAUAAAUGUAAUGAUAUGAUUAACAAUGAUUAUUUCCUUAUUAAUGGAAAGAUCUUCUGUGAAUCUGAUGCCCACAUAUUAAUUAGUAACAGCCAUCAAGCUGGAUUAUCCAGUACAGAUAAGAUUGAGAAGAGAAGAACGAGAUUACUCUUCCUUGAUUAA